AUGGAGGAAGACCUCUUCCAGCUCAGGCAGCUGCCGGGCGAGAGUGCGAGGUCAGAGGACGACACAGCUUCCGGAGAGCAUGAGGUCCAGAUCGAAGGGGUUCGCACCGGCCUAGAAGCCGUGGAGCUGGACGAUGGGGCAGCUGUGCCCAAGGAGUUCGCCAAUCCUACCGAUGAUACUUUCAUGGUGGAAGAUGCGGUGGAAGCCAUUGGCUUUGGGAAGUUCCAGUGGAAGCUGUCUGUCCUCACGGGCUUGGCUUGGAUGGCCGAUGCCAUGGAGAUGAUGAUUCUAAGCAUCCUUGCUCCACAGCUGCACUGUGAGUGGCGGCUGCCCAGCUGGCAGGUGGCCUUGCUGACUUCGGUGGUCUUUGUGGGCAUGAUGUCCAGCUCCACGCUCUGGGGAAACAUCUCGGACCAGUACGGCAGGAAAACAGGAUUGAAGAUCAGUGUGCUCUGGACCCUGUACUACGGCGUCCUCAGUGCAUUCGCGCCCGUGUACAGCUGGAUCCUGGUGCUUCGGGGCCUGGUGGGCUUUGGGAUUGGAGGCAUCCCCCAGUCCGUGACCCUGUAUGCCGAAUUCCUCCCCAUGAAAGCCAGAGCGAAAUGCAUCUUGCUGAUUGAGGUCUUCUGGGCCGUUGGGACGGUGUUCGAGGUCCUCCUGGCUGUGUUCGUGAUGCCCACCCUGGGCUGGCGGUGGUUGCUCAUCCUCUCGGCCGUUCCGCUCCUCCUCUUCGCCGUCCUGUGUUUUUGGCUGCCGGAGAGCGCGAGGUACGAUGUGCUGUCUGGGAACCAGGAAAAGGCCAUUAAGACCUUGAAGAGGAUCGCGGCAGAAAACGGAGCCCCUAUGCCCCUGGGGAAGCUUGUCAUCUCCAGACAGGAAGAUCGAGGCAAGAUAAGGGACCUCUUCUCGCCCCAGUUUAGGUGGACCACAUUGCUGUUGUGGUUUAUAUGGUUUUCCAAUGCGUUUUCUUACUACGGAUUGGUUUUGCUCACCACGGAGAUUUUCCAAGUCGGCGACAUCUGCAGCAUCUCCAACCAGAAGAGGAAAGUGGAAGCCAAAUGCAGUCUGGCCUGUGAGUACCUGAAUGAGGAUGACUACAUGGACCUGCUGUGGACCACCCUCUCGGAGUUCCCAGGUGUCCUCGUGACUCUGUGGAUCAUCGACCGGCUGGGCCGCAAGAAGACCAUGGCCCUGUGUUUCGCCAUCUUCUUCCUCUGCAGCCUCCUGCUCUUCAUCUGUGUCGGAAGGAGCCUGCUCACCAUGUUCCUGUUCAUCGCAAGAGCGUUUAUUUCCGGGGGCUUCCAGGCGGCCUACGUUUACACACCUGAGGUCUACCCCACAGCGACGCGGGCACUGGGCCUGGGCUCCUGCAGUGGCAUGGCAAGAGUGGGUGCUCUCAUUACACCAUUCAUUGCUCAGGUGAUGCUGGAGUCCUCCGUGUACCUGACGCUGGCGGUCUAUAGCACCUGCUGCCUCCUGGCGGCAGUGGCUUCCUGCCUCCUGCCCAUCGAGACCAAAGGCCGUGGACUGCAGGAAUCCAGCCACCUGGAGUGGGGCCAGGAGAUGGUCGGCCGGGGGAAGCAUGGCCCGGGAGUCCCCAGGUCACAUUCUGGCUCCCAAGAGUAGUGACUGCUAGGGGGUUGAACUGGUCUUGGAGGCUGCGUCGUGCAGAGAGCUGGUGGGACCCAGUUGGGGCACCAACUGUCGGGGCUGCCACCAAGAACCGGAGACUUUGACCUGGACCAACAGGGCUUUGUGUCGUGACUCCAUUUGCCCAUUAACCAUUGAGACCCACCGAGGAAGGGGCGGCGCCGGCUUGGUGGGUCUGCUCUGUAUGCGUGUGCCAGGGGAGCGGGGUGGGAGUGGGGCAGGUUGGUAACAGGCUCCAGAUGGGUAAAGGAGCCCUUUGGGAGUAGCCAGAAUGGGCUGGCCGUGCCGUCCCUCGGCGACAAGUCAUCUCUGUAGCUGCAGGUGGGCCCAGAACCAGGGAGCCCUUGCUUGCGUAGGCGGCCCACCCCCACCGUGUGCCAGUCCUCUGUUCUCCACAGCCCUGGCCCCAGGGCUUUCCCCUUUGACACUGCAGUGGACUGGGCGAGGCCUCAGCGUCAUUUCCUUGGGUCAGAGAAAUGCCCCAAACAGCAUCUUUGUCUGCCGGCCCCCCACCCCCACGGCCUGCCUCCCCAGGACCUGGCUCUGGCAGGUGUCUGUGUAUUUGAAUUUGAGCCGUGCGCUCCUGCCCUGACCAGUCCCUCCCCUAGAGUUGCUGUCUGGGGCGCCAGGGGAUCCAGAUGUGUCCACGGGGACAGCUGGGCUUAUUAUGCUGGGGCCAACCUCAGAACGCUGCUUCUCCCAGAGCUGGGGUCAGAGACGUGAGGUCCAAGUCCCAAGACAAAGCCGGUCCCUCCCCUGCAGAAGCAGCGAGGUCCUGAGCUGUUUGGGGCUUCCUGUCUGACUCUCCGUGGCCAGCUGGAUGGUGACUCGGGAGAAGAAGUAUCGGGCUCUGAUUUCCUCUCUCAAUCUCUCUGUGAGGCACCAGAACUUUCCAUUGUGAGCAUACAUCCAAAGGGCAGGGAAACACCAGGCAUGCCCUCCUGUGGGACCAGUUAAUCCGGAAGCCACGCUGUUCUCCCCUCCCUGGCUGCUCGGCUGUAGGAUGGGGACUAGAGGGAGCCCCUAGGUGGGCAGCGUUUGUGUCUUCCCAAAGUAAGAGCUGGAAGUCAACUGGGAAUGGGUUUGGACAGAAGGUCAGGAGCUCUGCUUCAGCACCCACCUCCAGGGCUCCGUUGACGCGAAGCUUUCGCCCCAUCAUGAGGGUGGGGGCCUGGAGGAGGAGGGAGAAGCCUGCUGGGUCCCAUGACAACCCGGAGAAGACCGACCCCUGCUGGGAGCUGUCUGCUGGGCAUCAACAUGCCAAGAGGGCCACGUGUGUGCGUUCAUCUCGUAUUAAAACCUGUUGGUGAAGGGCA